UGGAUGGGGGGCGUGGGGGUUGAGUGACAGGGAGACGGGGGAGAGACAGAGCCGCGUUACGUGCCGCCCAUCAUCAGCCUCGUAGAGGUUCAAGUGUCGAGGAGGCUCCACGCGCCCCGUCCGCCCCCCGUUUUCUGUUUAUUUUCUCCCCUUUUUGCGCACUUUUGACUGACACCCGUCGUUUGAUUGUGUCCCCUCAAGCGCGCCUGUUGCAGAAGAUCACGCACGCACGCACGCACGGACGGACGGACGCGCGCGCGCACGCUCACGGAGGGGAACCGUUUAACCUCCACGGCACCGAAGCGGCGACACGCAGCCAAGCCGCGCCGAUCGAGACAUCAGCCAGCCCGGAGAAGCAAGAGAGGAAGGACGCCCCCACCCCUGGUUCUCCGCUACCUCCUUUUUUUUUUUUUUUUUUGGGUCGACCCGCACACGCUCCAUCGAUGCGGGAGUCCUGAGCGACCGACCGACCGAGCGAGCGAGCGAGCGCCGACGAAGGGGGGGGAAAGUGUAGCCCGCGGGAAGCCUCGCAUCAGCGGGGCCGCAGAGGAAGCGCCUUCCCCGGGGUCGGACACGCCGACAUGCCGCGGAGGAAGCAGCAAGCGCCGCGGCGCGCCUCAGCAUACGUCCCCGAGGACGAGAAGGAAGCGGCGCUGCUGGAUAACGAUCUGGAGGGAGAGGACUCAGCGCCGGAAGCCGAGGAACCCGCCGCCAAGUUCCUUUGCCGGGACGGUAAUGACGGACUGGGGUCUGGACACGACCUCCGUGACUCGCCCACCGCCGCCGACUUCUCCGGCCAAGAGAUGGACAGCGAGUCUCACCAGAGCGAAUCUAGUGACGGAUUGUCGGACUUUGAGAGCCCGCCGCUCAAAACAGAGGAGGACAUUCUCCUUUUUAAAGACCCAGCCAGUGUUCUGUCGCUGUCCUCCGCAGCCAUGACGGCGGCGGACAACGCCGCCACCCCGGGCAGCGGCGAUGAAGCCGUGCUUUCGGCCUCCGUGCUUUCCAGCUCCAGCUCGGUGGCUGACAGUCUGGAGAAGAUGAAGGCCAUCUACACCUCUUUCUUGACCAACUCCUACUGGUCUAGCCUAAAUCUAAACCUGAGCCAGCCGCCACAGGAGAAGCCCCCUCGCAGCCACAGUAGCAGCAGUAGCAGCAGUAGUAGCAGCAGCUGCGGUAGCGGCGGAUACGACUGGCACCAGACAGCCGUCGCCAAAACCCUUCAGCAGGCCUCACAGAACCACCAGAACCGACUGGCCUUGACCCAGCACCCCUCGGCGACCCUGUCGGCGCAGUCUGCCGAGCCGAGCCUCUUUAGCACCGUGCAGCUCUACCGCCAGAGCUCCAAACUCUACGGCUCCAUCUUCACCGGUGCCAGCAAGUUCCGCUGUAAAGACUGCAGCGGCGCCUACGACACCCUGGUGGAGCUCACGGUGCACAUGAACGAGACCGGACACUACCGGGACGACAACCACGAGGUGGACAGCGAGGGCACCAAGCGCUGGUCCAAACCUCGGAAGCGCUCCUUGCUCGAGAUGGAAGGAAAGGAGGAUGCGCAGAAGGUUCUCAAGUGCAUGUACUGCGGACACUCCUUUGAGUCCCUCCAGGAUUUAAGUGUCCACAUGAUUAAGACCAAACACUACCAAAAAGUGCCUCUGAAGGAGCCCGUGACUCCGGUGGCAGCUAAGAUCAUUUCGGCUCGGAAAAGAGCCCCCGUGGAGCUGGACGUCCCCAGCUCUCCGGACUCCAAUGGAGGGGCCACGCCCAAACCGGCCUGCCUGGCUGAUGCCAAUGAGCUUCUCCAGAGGACGGCCCACCCCUACAUCACGCCCAACAACCGCUACGGGCACCAGAACGGCGCCAGCUACGCCUGGCAGUUUGAGUCACGCAAGUCCCAAAUCCUCAAAUGCAUGGAGUGCGGCAGCUCGCAUGACACCCUGCAGGAGCUCACCGCCCAUAUGAUGGUGACCGGACACUUUAUCAAAGUCACCAACUCUGCAAUCAAGAGGGGCAAACCUAUCGUGGAGACGGUGCCCAGUCCGGCAUCCACGCCGACCGUAGAAGAGAAAGUCCAGUCGGUUCCCUUGGCCGCCACCACCUUCUCGCCGCCGCCGCCACCCGCCCCGGCUCCUCCUCCCCCUCCCACCAGCGUCUCGCCUGCCGCCAUGGCAGUGGAGAUCAAAAAGGAGGAGAAAGAAGAGGAAUGUACUAAAGACUCCUUUGUUAACACAAACUCAAACAAGAUGUCAGGAAUUGAGGAGGAAACUGAGGAGAAGUUUGACAUCUCGUCAAAGUACACAUAUCUGACAGAGGAAGAUCUGGACGCGAGUCCCAAAGGAGGUCUGGACAUCCUCAAGUCAUUGGAGAACACGGUGACCUCCGCCAUCAACAAAGCCCAGAACGGAGCUCCGAGCUGGGGAGGCUACCCGAGCAUCCACGCCGCCUACCAGCUCCCCAACAUCAUGAAGCUCUCUCUCGGGAACUCGGGAAAGAACUCUCCAGUAAAGUACAUGUUCCCUGGGGCCGAGAUCCUGUCGCCCGGCGGCAAAAAACAGACGCUGGUGUCUCCUCCCAAUUGCCAAACAUCGCCGUUUUCCAAAAACAACUUUCACGCCAUGGAGGAGCUUGUAAAGAAGGUGACGGAGAAAGUGGCAAAAGUAGAGGAGAAGAUGAGGGAACCGGCAGGCGUGGCGAGGUGUUCCCCCAUGAGAACCACGCCGUCACCGUGCCGCAGUGAGGCAGAUGACUCUCCGAGAGGGGACUCUCCGAAGGACACCAAAAGAGGAGGCUGUAAAACUCCCCCCGACAAUGUGACAAGCGGAGCAAACCACAAGGAGACUAACGGAGACGGCAGUGCGAGGGAACCCACGGAGAACGGCGUGGCCUCGCCUCAGCCCGGGUCCCUCUGCGGCAGCACGGCCAUCAUCACCGACCAUCCGCCCCCGGAGCAGCCCUUCGUCAACCCGCUGAGCGCCCUGCAGUCGGUCAUGAACGCCCACCUGGGCAAGGCCGCCAAGCCCGCCCUGCCCUCUCUGGACCCCAUGAGUAUGCUCUUCAAGAUGAGCAACAGCCUGGCCGAGAAGGCAGCGGUGGCGGCAUCCACGCCGCCCGCCCAGGCCAAGAAAUCCGCCAGCGACCACCACCUGGAUCGCUACUUCUACCAGCCGAACCUCAGCGGCAAUGACCAACCGAUGGAUCUCACCAAAGGCAAGCACGCCGACAAAAGCGUGUCGCCUUCCCCCACGGUGGCCAUGACCAAAGCCUCUGCCGCCGUCGCCUCCUUCAUGUCCUCAUCCCCCCUGAAGGAGAAUGCCCUGUCUGACAUCUCUGACAUGCUGAGGAACCUCACGGAGAGCCAGGCCAUCUCCAAGGCCUCCACGCCCACCAGCUUGUCGGAGCGCUCCGACGUGGAGGGCGCCACCCAGGAGGAAGCGGAGGAGGUGUCGCCGGCUCAGAAGCGCAAAGGCCGCCAGUCCAACUGGAACCCGCAGCACCUCCUCAUCCUGCAGGCCCAGUUCGCCUCCAGCCUGAGGCAAACCGCCGACGGCAAGUACAUGAUGUCGGACCUGAGCCCGCAGGAGAGGAUGCACAUCUCCCGCUUCACCGGCCUCUCAAUGACCACCAUCUCCCACUGGCUGGCCAACGUCAAGUACCAGUUGCGCAGGACCGGCGGCACCAAGUUCCUGAAGAACCUGGACUCGGGCCACCCGGUGUUCUUCUGCAGCGACUGCGCCUCGCAGAUCCGCUCCCCGUCCACCUACGUCAGCCACCUGGAGGCGCACCUUGGCUUCAGGCUGCGGGACCUGGCCAAGCUCUCCGGAGAGCAGCUCUUGGGUCAGAUCUCCCAGCGGCGCCUCCACAAAGGACUCUCUGACAAACUCCUGGCCCAUUUGCAUCCGUCCAGCCGCCCUUUGCCCUCGUCCCUGCCGUCCUUUCCCGUGACCCUGCCCUCGUCCUUGCCCGCACCCGAUUCGGCGGCUGCGGCGGCCUCCCCCAACGGCGAUGAGGACGAGGGGGGCGCUGCGGCGGCGCACCAGUGCAAACUGUGCAACCGGACUUUUGCUAGCAAGCACGCCGUCAAACUGCACCUCAGCAAGACUCACGGGAAGUCCCCAGAGGACCACCUCAUGUACGUUUGCGAGCUGGACAAACAGUAGCGCGGAUGACGUGACUUUACCCGACUUGACCGUACUCGGAUUCAGGACAGGCUGCCAAAUAAAGGACAGCUGAGAGAUUUCUUUUUUUUUUUUGGUCUCGAUUUCCUGUGUUGGAGGCACAGAACGUUAUGCAAACCUCCAAAUAUGAGCCCCGAGACACAAGAUAGGAAGGUUGGAAAAAAGAAAAAAAAAAAAAUCUUACAAAUGUUGUAGUGUAAAUGAAAUUGAUUUUGAUUUCCACAUUACCACAUGUGGUAAAAUUGCAUGCAUCAAGAAAAAAACAUAACAUCUGCUGAUUUUUUGGGGGGAUAUUUUCUUUCAGUCAUGUCUUGUUUUUACUCGUAUGUACCCAUGAGGUUUACGGCUGCACUGGAAAGUCACAAAAAUAACGAUCAACCUACCAGAAUAACGGGGGCAAA